AUGGCAGACAAGGACGAGGAUGCCAUUCGUGGUACCUCGGUUGAGGCCACUCAAAUCGAGACAGAUCUGUCCGACGAGACUCAGGACUUUCGCCUGUUGAACCACCUCAAUUUUCUCACAGACACAGCCUCUUCGAGCCUGCCGAAGCGUGGCGAGAAAGACUUCGAACCCAACCCGACCGAAUUCCAAGCCGAUGUCCUCUCCGCUUCGCGCCAGGCCAUGCACAAUGCGCUCGCGCAUCCGCGCCUACACAACCCCAAUACCCAAGUCAUUGGCAUCUACGCACCAGAAGGACCUGCACCUCCGCCUGGGGUGAAUUUGGAAGACGUGAGCAAGUUUGGAGGGAAGGGUCUGAACCUGCACCCGGACGCUUGUGUCUGUGUGCCAAUUCCGAAGGGCCAGUACUUCAAGACGAUGGGCCAGGCCGACCGCUGGAACCGGAUUUGGCUGCUACCAGAGGAGGCAUUAUUUCUGGUUGAGCGGGGAAGCUUGGAUAUUCGCUGGCCGACUGAGAUCACAGGUGCGGCUGAUGGAGAGGACGCCGAGGAGCUUUCUAUUCCGAUGAGCUUGCAGGCUGCUUAUGCAUGCUUUAUUGGACGUGGAGGAUUGACGUUGGAGCGAUAUACUGUGUUCACUGGGCUAAGGCGAACUGGUUAUGCCGCGUUGCGGGCUCCAGGAUGGGAUGAUACACAGGCGGAGAGCUCAAUGGACCGAAACCAAGAGCAUGUCUUCAGGUAUCCCCAACGACGGGGAGCCGGACUUGUUGGCGUCCUUAGCCAGGUUUUCAAUUGGGUCAGAGAUCCAUUUUGUACAGCUUCUACAACGGCCGGUCCCGCCGUGGGAUGCGGCAUGCAUCGCAAUUAUGUCGAUGUCUACCGCCGCCUCGCCAUGAUCCCGUGGUAUGACCCCAGUCUUGCAGCCGAGCGGGAUCCACUAGAUACCAUGCCUCCAUUCCGGGUUGUUUUCCAUAUCUUCAAACCAUCAACCCCGAUCAAAAAGACCGCCUUGCCACCCCCUGAUUUCCGUAUCGCAGUGGUUAAUACUCGCGAGACGACAUCGAUCCCAACCCUCGAACAGAUCGGGACCUUGCUGGAAAGUACGCCAUUGGACCCGCCCCGUGGCGAGAAGAUGCAGCGAAUGCUUUACAUGCGCUUACGGAAUGGCUACCGCAAUGUCAUUCUCGCAGUGGUUGACCAGGGCAUUGUCAGUUAUCUCCGACUCGCAGAUGCGGCUUUUGGAAAGGAGAAGCUAUACGAAACGCAGGCUCCUUCGUCUGCCUCCAAACGAAAUGGAAAUUAUCGGAACAAGAAGAGAUGA